CACACACACACACACACACUGUGCUCGGACUGCGGUGGAGCUGGAGAGCAUCUCAUCUCUUCUCUCACAGAGGAACACCUGCGCGAACGAUGUGAAGGUUUCCUUCAGAGCAUCUGUGACCAUGCUGUUCCCUGCCUCCAAGUCCCAUGUUAAAUCUGUUCUGGACGGAGUGGCAGAAACCACGUUCAGAACCAUCACUUCUGGACUGCAGUACAUUGGUUCGAACGACGUCGGCUACGAUGACCACAUCAAAAGUCGAAGCCUGCCGAAGCCGUUCGCAGCCUACCGCAGAAGCUCUUUCACUGAUAAAGUGGGACCGGAUGAGGAGCUCAUCGUAAAAGGUAUCCCCUUUUACCCCACGAACGGCUCCGAUGUGUUUGGGAACUUCAGUCUGGGAGAUGAAGGGAGCAGUGUGCAGUGCGGGGAGAACUUUAUGGACAUGGAAUGCUUCAUGAUACUGACCCCUAGCCAGCAGCUGGCCAUCGCCGUGCUGUCUCUGACGCUGGGGACUUUCACAGUUCUGGAGAACCUGGUGGUCCUGUGCGUGAUCCUGCAGUCACGCACCCUGCGCUGCAGGCCGUCCUAUCACUUCAUUGGCAGCUUGGCCAUCGCAGACCUGCUCGGCAGCGUCAUCUUCGUCUACAGCUUCUUGGACUUCCACAUCUUUCACCGCAAAGACAGUCCGAACGUGUUUCUGUUCAAGUUAGGAGGCGUGACGGCGUCGUUCACCGCGUCUGUGGGAAGCCUGUUCCUCACCGCCAUCGAUCGAUACGUGUCCAUCCACCGUCCGCUGGCGUACAGACGCAUCGUGACGCGCACCAAAGCCGUGAUCGCCUUCUGCAUGAUGUGGGCGAUCUCCAUCAUCAUCGCCGUGCUGCCGCUGCUGGGCUGGAACUGCAAGCAGCUCAACUCGGUCUGCUCCGACAUCUUCCCGCUCAUCGACGAGAACUACCUGUUGUUCUGGCUCGGUGUGACCAGCGUUCUGGUCAUCUUCAUCUUCUACGCGUACAUGUACAUCCUCUGGAAGGCCCACCACCACACGGUGAGGAUGCUGCGGCGCACGUCUCAGAAGAGCCUGGUGGUGCACUCCUCCGACGGCACCAAGGUCCAGACCGCCAGACCGGAUCAGGUCCGCAUGGACAUCCGCUUGGCCAAAACGCUGGUUCUGAUCCUGGCGGUGCUGGUGAUCUGCUGGGGGCCUCUGCUGGCCAUCAUGGUGUAUGAUCUGUUCUGGCGGAUGGACGACAACAUUAAGACGGUGUUUGCCUUCUGUACAAUGCUCUGCCUGCUCAACUCCACCAUUAACCCAAUAAUCUACGCUCUGAGGAGUAAAGACCUGCGGAGGGCCUUCCUCGCCACCUGCCGGGGCUUCAGGGGCACCUCCAGCACGUCCCUGCAGCUGGACAACAGCCUGGAGUCAGACUGUCAGAGGAACCAGCACAUCGCCGCCAAACGAGCGGCUGAGAGCUGCGUCAAGACCACUGUGAAAAUAGCCAAACUGACAAUGUCUGUCUCAGCGGAGACAUCGGCUGAAGCCGUCUGAGUGCACCACGGGACCUCGUCUUAAAAGAAUGUAUGUUUACGUGCCGGUCAUGGAAAGGUACAUGCAUAAAGGUCAAAACACAAAGCUGCUUAAGUUACCACUGGUUUGAUGAAGUGUUCACUAUGACAGUUCAUUGCUUAAGUGCCAAAUAUAUAUAUAUAUAUUUUUUUGUUUUCUUUCAGAAGAGGUUUUCACCCAGUAAAGAAAUUUGUUGGGGCUUUUUUGGUGAUGUUGUUGUUUGCUCUUAUAUUUAAUUGUAACGUGUGGAUGUUGUGUGUGCUUUAUGAAAGUUUACUAUAUUUUUAUACUUUGAAUUUUCGUUUUUUGAACAAUGAUGCACUCUAAAAAAUCCUGGGUUGUUUGAACUCAACUUUGGGUCAAAUAUGGACUAACCCAACUCUUGGGGGUCAAAGAUGUAAUUACAAAAGUAACCCACAUUUGAGCCAAAGUUAGAUUGAAACAACCCAGCGUUAUUUAGAGUGUAUCUGCUCACAUGGGAAUAAGGGGCUAAUGAUCUUAUUAAUAAAACCAUGUAAAUAUACAUACAUUGGUAUCUAUGUAAAUAUGUGUAAAUCUCAGUGGUGAUUUAGUGUAUCCAUUUAUCACAUUCAUGUGAUUAAUGACACAAGAUAAGAGUCUGUUUUUGAGAUGUCUUGUUUUGCCAAUGAAAGAAAUGUGAUGAAAAUGAGAGUAUUAUAAGAGGAGCACGAUCUGUCGCUCCUCAAAUACAUGAAUAAUGAAAGCAGAAGAGUGAGGACAUUUGUUUGUGUAUUUAAUCUUGUUUGCUAAGAUAUAUCUGGUCCUUUACAUGAUGCUUUAGUGUAAUUGUUGUGUCAGGAAACAAAAUGCAACUAUUUUUUUUAACAAGACGGCCUGUAAUUGUGGUUUAUUGUCACAUAUAACACAGUGACAGAAAUAAGUGUGUUGGAUUUCGAUCUGAUAGUAUAUUUUGUCAUUCUUAUGAUGUAUUUUAAGAUGUAAAGUAAAAUUCAUUUCACACAGUAUGCACAAAGCCCAGAGAAAAAUACAAAUUCAAAAAUAAAUGUGUUCAUGCAAAUUUGUUAAUUAACAAACCGUUGAAAUGUACAUAUCAUGAUUGUUAAGUAAUAUUCUUCAAACCGUGCAAUGGUGUGGUGGUGCUUUAUGUUUGCACUGUUCGGGAGUAAAGGUACAUUUGAGCUAGCUUUACCUGAAAUGUAUCUACUUAAGUAUUUAAACUUAGAAAUCAUAAAACAUCACCUUGGCUUUUGUCCCAAAGUAGUUCUUGAAAAUCUGUCUCGAAGUGAUGUCUUAAAAUACAGAAGCUGCUUGCACACUUAUGUAUCACAAUUUAGUCCCAAAUAUAUUUUUUUUUU